AUGUCUCGUUUCGUGUUGCGGCUGUUGGCGGAGGUGUCGGUCGCCUCUCUUUCCGCCUUCGCCUCGUCCCUCUCCGCGCUCCCCCCUCUCUUCUGGCAAUCGCUCCUCCUCUCCUCUGCGCUCGCCCUCUCCGCCCUCUCGCGCCUCCUCUCCCUGCCCACCGCACCCUCGCUUUUAUCACCCCCGUUACAAGCACCUCCGUCUCAGUCUCAACCCCCACCUGCUCCCGUUCAACCUGGGAUGCCGCAGCAGAGACACGAGCAGCAGCAGCAACAGCAGCAGCAGCCGCAGCAGCAGCAGCAGCAGCAGGGGGUACAGAAGGCGUCUACAGCAGCAGCAGCAGCAGCAGCAGCAGCAGCAGCAGCAGCAGCAGCAGCAGCAGGGCGGGAAGGAAAGGCUGGGGGUGAGCAUGUGAGCGUGGCAGAGCUGCAGCAGGUGGUGGGGUUGGUGCAUGCGCUCUCACGGCAUGUGGAGAAGAUCCAGCUGCACACGCGAGUCACCAGGCGCACUCUCAGAGACCCCAUGCUGCAGACAUCCAAGCUAGCAGAGGCGACAGCGCAGCAAGUACAAGGCCUUCAAGACGCCCUGGUGGCAUCUAGAAGGGAGUCGGAGGAGGUGCAGCUGCUGCUGCUGGGCGUGCAGGACCAGUCCGUGCGCCAGUUCGACCUCUUUUCUAACUCGCUGCGGCUCCUGCGCUCCCAGCAAGACGCUCUGAAAGCACAGCAGGAGACGCUAAAAUCACAGCAGGAGGUGUUGAGAGACGAGCAGGAGAGGCUUAAGGGGGAGCGGAUGGGUGUCUGGGAACAGCAGGAUGGUUCUGUGCGGUGGGAGCAGGUGGUUGAAGGCAUGCAGCAGCAGUUGUGCGCACAGCAGGACGAGCUGAAGGCGCAGCAGGAGGUGCUAUUGACGCAGCAGGAACAGGUGAGAGCGCACCUGCAGCAGGUGAGGAAUCAGCAGGAGCAGCUAGGGGCGCAGCAGGAGGAGGUGGGGGCGGAGAGGGAGCAGCUUCAGGCAGAACAGGAGGGCAUUCGGAGCGCCCAGGAGGGCUUGCUUGGGGCGCAGGAGAAGCUGCUGUCUCUGCUGGCAGCAGUUCAGCAGCGGCACGAGGACCAGCAGGGUUCUUCCUCUGCAGGGGUGUCUGCGCCGAUCGACCUCGCUUCUCUGCAGCAGAUGAGGGAGCAGCAGCAGGCGCUAGCUAAAGAGCAGGAGGCGUUAGUUAAAGAGCAGGAGAGGUUAAAUAAGGAGCAGGAGGAGGUGAAGCGGGAGCAGGAGAGGGUGGGGCGGAAGCAGAGGGAGGUGGAGCGGGAGCAGAGGCGAAUGGAGGAGUAUCAGCGGCAGCUGGCGGGAAGGCUGCUGGCGGCUGUGGUGGCUGUGGAGGAGCUGAGGAGGGAGAGCGUCUCCUUCCUCCCCAUCUGCCCCACCGGAGGCAUCGCCACCUGCAGUUGA